UGUGAGGUUCUCACAGCGGAAAGAGUCUGGUCUGGUUCCAAACCGACGACGAUGUUGUCGAUUUAUCAGCGCAGAUUUGGACCGAGAUGAGAUAGCCUACAGCCCGCUGUUUGUCGUCCUGCCAGGACACCGCCCUUUUUUUAUAUUUCAAUUCUGCCACAUGUAGGCUAGAGUAUCACUUGUUGUUAAACGAGUGGGCAGUUUUAAAUUUUAAAGUAGCAAAGAGGAAGAACUGCGGACCAACUUUUUCCCAGAAACGGCGGUUUGUUUGUCACCGAAGCAGGAAAGGAUGUGAACAUCUGCAAUUGAGCCGUUUAAACGAAACGUAAAACGAUUUACUCCGCUCUUGAAAUGGAGCCAGUUGUAUUUUAAAUCUUCUACUUUUGACUUGAAAUACUUUGAGGACACUUCGGCUAACUUUGAUAUGGGAGACGUUCGGCAUCUGCGUCUGUCAAGUUAAAAGGCGAGUAGAACACAGAGAUGGAAAGGUCUUCUCUACUGACAGUGGUGCUAGUUUGGGCGUUUCUGUGGAUCUCUGCUAUUCAUGCAGAUUCCAAAGACGAUGAGAAGCUGUUGUGUACAUGCGAGAAUGGCAAAGGCACAUGCAUGAAUGGAACUUGCAAAGGACACAUCUGCUUCUACUCCUGGGUUCACGGCCAUGAGGAGAGGGGCUGUUUCUCCGAAGUUAUCUACAAGGAGCAGUGCUACAGCAAAUUUGAACGAUUGUUUAUGCACUGCUGCAGAGAGAAUCUGUGCAAUGCCUUCACCACUCCCCCUUCAAACAUUAAUGGAGAGCCGACACCAACGCCCCCAGAGCUCAAUCGUCCGGAGCUGUGGAUCACGUUGUCUUUGCUGCUGUUAAUCACAACUGCCAGCAUGUGUGGUCUGGUGCUGUUCCUGCGCUUCCGACGUGCACAUGGCAGAAAUGAUGUCCAUGGUGACCAUGAUGUCACCAUACUCAAGGUUCCUGAUGGAGAUGACCCCACAUACGGCGACAUCUUUGAUGAGUUUUGUACUUCAGGGAGUGGGACAGGGUUGCCCUAUCUGGUCCAAAGGACUAUGGCCAGACAAAUCUCACUUGUCCAGUGUGUCGGUAAAGGCAGGUAUGGGGAGGUGUGGAGGGGAACGUGGAUGGGGGAGAGUGUGGCUGUCAAGAUCUUUUCCUCUAGGGACGAGCAGUCCUGGUUCAGAGAGACAGAGAUCUACAAUACUGUACAGCUGAGACACGACAACAUACUGGGUUUCAUAGCCUCCGACAUGACAUCCAAGAAUUCUAGCACCCAGCUGUGGCUCGUCACCCACUUUCAUGAGCUGGGUUCACUCUAUGACUUCCUGCAGUACAGCAGCUUGGAACCUGAGAGCUGCCUCAGGAUGUGCCUGUCUGUGGCCUGUGGCCUGGUCCAUCUUCACACUGAGAUCGUCAGCUCCCAGGAAAAGCCAGCUAUCGCCCACCGAGACCUGAAAAGCCGAAACAUCCUGGUAAAGCGGAACGGCCAGUGCUGCAUUGCUGACCUAGGUUUGGCUGUGAUACACUCUCAGUCUCAUGACUACCUUGAUGUGGGCAACAACCCUCGCGUGGGGACCAAGCGCUACAUGGCCCCUGAAGUGCUGGAUGAGACUAUUCGUAUGGACGUCUUUGAGUCCUACAAGCAGACUGACAUCUGGGCCUUGGGCCUGGUCUUCUGGGAAAUUUCCCGCAGGACCAUUGUUAAUGGGAUCGUGGAAGAGUACUGCCCUCCCUUUUUUGACAUGGUGCCCUUAGAUCCCAGCUUUGAGGAGAUGAAGAAGGUGGUGUGCGUGGACCAGCAGAAGCCCAGUCUGCACAAUAGGCUCCAUUCCCACCCUAUCCUGUCGGCCAUUGCGAAGAUCAUGAAGGAGUGUUGGUACCAGAGCCCACCAGCCCGCCUCACAGCCCUGCGAGUGAGGAAGACACUCUCCAAACUGGACCAUGACAGUGACUUCAGCAUUGAGAAACUCAAGCGGGACAUCUAGACCAGAGCAACAGGAUGAAACACGGACAAACAAUUGAAAACGCCAGAAGGGAUUAUGCACCACAUUCCAACAGCACAAGGUGCAAAUCAUUAGCAUAUUUUGAGCUAAUGGCUCACACAGUCACUGCAUUCUAUUAAAACCAUAUGACUUGGAGCAGUAGUGUCUAGACUGGCUCCCAAGGCAAUUAUUAUUUUUUUUUUGCGUAGCCUAAUUUUCAUCUGCCAUAUUUCUGGUGCCCAACCAAAAGGCCCCAAAAAGAAAACUAUGAAGAUCAAGUUAUAUUUCUUUUUUGUAUUCAUUUCUUUAUGUUCAGCUAAUACAAUUUAUUUCCAAAGCAGAAUAAAUAAAACCAAAGAAUGUAUAGCCUGUUCUACACACACAGGGUUUUAUUCAUAAUUGUCUAAAUCCCCCAUCGUCAUGACAGAAAGGAAAAUCUGGCACAGCACAAUUACUCAUCAUUUUAUCAAGAAGAGGAGGAGGAUGUCAUUCUGGACUUUCUCUUAUAUACAGGAACAUUGCACAAAUGGGUUUUCCCAAUAAUUGCCAAAGAAAACUUGGAGGCCUUAGUGUUUGUUUUUUUUACUAUGAAUACAGGAAAUAUGUAAGUAAUAACAUGUUCAUACCGAAGCACAUUAACUGUUGUGUAAGCAUAUUUAACUUAUAUAAAAUGAGCCUUCAUUAUCUGCACAGAGACACAUUGAGCAGUUUAGUUGUACAUAUUCUAACAGCAUUGAAACUGUUGUCAUUUAUCACCAUUGGAUUUAUUGUAAAUAUAUUUUGUAUAGGGUUAUUAUUUUCUAUUAUUCAACAAUGAGACACAUUUUAUAUACUUUUUAUACUUUUAACAUUUUUUAAGUAUUUCUUUACAUUUAUGUAGGCCAAUAAUGUACCAUCACCAUUACUAUGGUUAGUAAAGGAAUUCACAAACAGACAUGUAAUAUUGUAUAUGUUGAAUAAAGGAUUGUAUUUUUGAACA